UUCAACAGAAUCUAUCACGAUAAAUUAUAUUGUAUAUGUGUAUCAAUAGUCAUAAACUACAAAUUAUAAAUAAGUAUAUACGGCUUCAUCAUUAUAGGGGGAAAAUUGGUUAAGGGGUGAAUAACAAAUAAUUCACGACUUCUGAUUAAAAUUUCAGGAUGAUAUUGGUUUUUGUUUUACAAAAAAAUUUCAAACAAAGGAAAAACAGUCUUUUUUACAGAUAAAAAUUUCAGCAACUGUACUAGUGAAAUUUAAUUUUUGGUAAACUGAUGUUAUUAUUAUUAGAUGAAAAUCCGUUUAUCUCAAUGGCUCUUUCAUUACAUUUGAUAUUUUUAUCGGUUGAGUUGCAUUUAAUAUUUUAUGUUUUGUACGUGAAAAAUUUCCUCAACAAUAACUUAUUACAAAAAUAUAUCAUAUGUCCGUCACAAAAUGUAAAAUGUUUAAGUUUGAAUCUUGUUUAUAGAGUUAUUUUUCGCAAUAAAUUUUCUACAGUAUUCUAUUUAAGAUAUUCAUUAGCGUCAGUAUUAUUAAAUUGCUUGUUGAUUUAAUUUGUAAUAUUACAUCCGGCUUUAGUUUAGGAUCAUGUAUCGAAACUGACAAAUAUGCGAUGCACAGUUUACCAUGAGCUGAAAAUUGCGCGCUGAAAAUUGUCAAAAUUUAUGUAAAAGCUAUUAUUAGACAUCAAGAUCUACUGACUAAUUGAAAAUGGCUCUUUCAUCUUUACGUUUGAUAUUUUUAUCAGUUUAUUUUAAACUUUAUUUAAUUUUUUUCGUUAAAAUUCUUCAGUUCAAGUAUUUAUGUAUUUAAUUACAAGAUAAAUACGUCAAUACUCUUGAACUGAUGAAAUUCAGUCGAGUUGACAAAUUAUUUUUCCCAGUGCUUAUUUACCAAGCGACUCCCAUUUAAAACGAGAUAGAGAGAGGGGAAAAAAGUUGUACCGAAAAGUUAUCGACGGACAGAGUGUAUCGGAGAAUGAAAAUUAAUACGUUAACUGGAUGAUACUCGGAGCAAUAUCCAUCAUUACCUCGAGGGUCCGAAACUUUCUCAGGGGGUUUAUCCCUCGUGUUUUCGAUCGCGACGGUUUUCCGCCGGGAUUCGGGACGGUGUGUGCGACGGCGCGGCGGCGGAAGUGUGUUCUCGAUCCCGCUGUAAAAUCCAAGCGCGCAAAUGCCUCAUUCGUGCGUGCGAUUUAAUCUCCCGCGUAAAAAUAACACAGCAAAGCGUGCUAAACUGCCCGUUUUAAUAUGUAAAUUUAUCUCUUUGCGCGAUACAUGUGUAUCAUUUCCACGCGGAAAACUAAAUCACACGCACACGUAGACGCGCACACAAAUGAGGCGUUUUUUUUUUUAAAACACAGUUUAUAGUGCUGAUUCGACGGCGGAUCCGCGGGCGCGCGAGCUGCAACGGAGAAGCGCAGCGGACCGUUGCCGGUUCGUCAAUGAGGCGGCCAGCUGUGCCCAUCCUGUACGCGUCGCGCGACAAUUAUCGUCACGGGCCGCUGUGACUGCUCCCGUACGCUCUUGUCCGAGCGGACUUUUUACAAGCCCCACUACUACCAUCGCCGUUCGCAUUGAACACCACCGUAUGCCGCGCACGCCGUUUGUCGUUGAUUUUAGUCGCUUGGCUCGCGCGAUCGCGACGACCUAGACCGGUACAUUCGCGCCUCCGUCGCUGCGAAAGGCCCGAUCGAAACACGCUAGAGGAUAUUAGAACGACGCGAGGCGGGAUGCGUCGGUCGCCGUCGCGUUUCCGUGCGGGCAGCAAGCGGCCGCGCGAGAAUCGAUCGGAUCGGUUGGGCGAAAACACCGAUCGGCGUGAAAGAGAGUUCGAUCACCGGGACGGGGGCGGCCGGUCUUGAGAGCGGCGCGUCGCUCUAACGAGGGAAGCAAAGCCGGGCGAGACCUGUGGGCGAGUCGCAGGCCCGAGACGAAGAAACGCGGUCCGGUAAAAGCGGGCCAAGGUGUCAAAGACGUCAAUCGUCGCAACGCAUUAGCGUUCGUCGUCCCCGUCCGCGUUCGCGUCCGCGUCCCCGACUCGCCGGAGCGGCCUCGUCACGAGACUCAACCCGCUGACGAUCGCCGUUAACGUGUGAUCCGAGAUCGUCGCAGUGUACGCGUCAGCGGCUAACCGCGCGGCCACGGCUUUCUUUCCGAUCGCGAUCAAUAGCGCGAGUGAGCCCGUAUCGUACAGGUGGCGCGUUUGGCGAGUUCAGUUUUCUCCAGGUGGAGAAACUCGCGAGGAAAUCGUCUCGGCCAGGCGAGGGAGGAAAACCGAUCGAUCGAUCUGCAUCGCGCAUCGCGGGGGAUCGGUAGCAAAAGUACAGAGCGUAACAUAAAAGGGAGAAACUGAAACCUGAACUUUCGAAGAAGCUACCGUUAACGAUCGGUCGAUCAUUGAAAAUCGUUGGAAAAUGGAGAUGGAGAUGAGCGGCAGGACGAACAAGCCCAGCGAGGAGCUGGCGAAGAGACGUGUGUCGAUCAGCGAUCAGGUCAUGGGACACGAUAAUCCCGCCUUCGAGCACCACCGGCGCAUCAGCGCGAGCUCGGAGCACAAUUCCGAUCAGAGCAGGCGGAAGUCGAUCCUGCACCACGGCGGCAGCCACUGCGGUAGCGUGGAGAACAUUCCGCAGCACAAGUUCGAUCUGGAGAACGGCAGGAUCAACGCCAACCGAAAGAAAUCGGCGUACAGCUUGUCCAGCUCGAUCAGGGACAAGAUCGAGUAUUCCGAGGAGCUUGAGAGAUCGUGGCUGUACCUAUUUUGCGCGCGAUGUCACGGUCGCGAUGACACGCCAUCGUGGGAGCCACCAGGAUGGAGAAGAGCAUGUCCGCAGCCAUUCUGCCCAACGUACAGGAAAUUCGCUCGUAUUCUAUGCCUCUUUCUUUUGGGUCUGCUGCUUUGGGGUGUCAUCUACUCGGUGAUUGGUAAUGAUGCCGCCCCAGGUGGCCAACUGUUCGGAUUGGCUGCUGUGUGCAUCGCCGCGCAGUUUGGGGGUUGGCUGUUCUCUUUGACCACUCUUCCAGCCUUAAUUGGUAUGCUGAUCACCGGUCUAAUAAUGCAGAAUCUCGGACUCGUCAAGAUCGAGGGGCACUAUACUGUGGUGGUUUCCAAUCUACGGAAAAUCGCCCUGGUCAUCAUACUUACCAGAGCGGGCUUGGACCUCGAUCCAAACGCUCUGAAGAGAUUGAAAGUCACCGUGCCGAAGCUGGGCUUGAUACCGUGGGUGGUGGAGGCUACGGUGGUCGCCGUGAUGACGAAAUUCCUCCUGGAUUUGCCCUGGAUAUGGGGUUUCCUCCUCGGUAGCAUCAUAGCGGCCGUCUCGCCAGCCGUGGUGGUGCCCUGCCUCUUCAGGCUGCGCAGCAAGGGCUACGGGGUCGCCAAGGGCAUACCGACGCUGAUCAUCGCCGUGUCCGGAAUCGACGAUGCGGCAUCCGUGGCAAUUUUCGGUAUCGUGAAGAGCAUCAUGUUCUCUCACGACGCGUUGUGGUACCAGAUCCUUCAGGGGCCCAUCGCGAUUAUCGGCGGUCUGGGAUUCGGCGUCAUGUGGGGCUGGUUGGCCAAAUACGUGCCGGAGAAGGGCGAUCCAUUCAUAGUGCCUCUAAGGGUGCUGAUGUUACUCGGGGGUGGGCUGCUGGCGGUUUUCGGCAGCGAGGCAAUCGAGCUCGGUGGUGCCGGGCCGCUUGCGGUAGUGGCUGCAGCUUUCGUCAGUUGUUACUUUUGGCAACAAGAAGGCUGGGAUGUGGACGAUAAUCCGGUUGCCACGUCUUUUGAGAUCUUCUGGAUGAUAUUGGAACCAAUCUUGUUUGGCCUUACCGGCACGCAGAUCAAACUCAGCGAGCUCGAAGGAAAAACCGUCUAUCUUGGGCUAAGUUGUUUGAUUACGGGUAUCGUCAUCCGUAUCGGAGCGACGGUACUGGUUGGGAUCGGUUCUAAGCUCAAUCUCAAGGAAAAGGUGUUCAUCUCUCUGUCGUGGAUGGCGAAGGCGACCGUCCAGGCGGCCCUAGGACCUGUUACUCUCGACGAGGUCGACAAGAACGAUCAACAACAAGUCGAGUACGCCGAAAAAGUGCUAAUGAUGUGCGUGCUCUCGGUACUUUUGACCGCGCCGACGAGUGCUAUCAUCAUCACGCUGUCGGGGCCAAAAUUGCUGACUAAGACCACCGCGCCGGUUAGUCCGCCGGAAGCUUGGAAAACACGCAGACCGUCGAUGCGUGACAUCUCAAUCAUCAAUGAGGACCCGGACCUCGAGGAGACCGCGAACGAGGGAAAACCCUGACAAUCGCAUUUGACCUGCCAAGCUGAUUGUAGGAACCCGUCCUCGUUCCCCGGCGUUCCGCAAGUGCCUGAACGUGCCUUCAUUUUAGUUAGCCGAGGAACUACUUAACGUUCAUGUAGGCCUAUGUCCAUACGGUCACUACGAUGAGAUAUUAAUCGAUCAAGAAGUUUAAUGUCAGCCGACUUAUAUGCCCACGAUCGAAAAUGAAGUAAUCAUAGCGACAGACCUCCAGUGAUAUAUCAUAGCUAACACACUUAUAGCCUGAGUUACUCGCGGAGUGAUUUUAUCCACACCUGACGUGUUAAGUUGCAUCGAUAGUUAAGUUGCAUAGAUCGUUAUAGUUUUAAACAGAGAAGCGAUCGAACUUAAGCGAUGAUCUUAGUCCACGCAAAAAUUUUUCGUAUAAAAUGAAAGGACAAUGAUUGACCGUAUCUAUUAUAUUUAUAUAAUAAUGCAAAAUUAAAAGAUUACAUUUAUUUAAAGAUUUUAUGAUCUUGAGAUUUGGAAAUCCGUAGAGCCAUAAAUUGAAAGAUUCAUGGAUGAUCUUGGAACGUGUUAUGCUAUGCGUGUGCGCGCGCAAUUUGUUAACGAAUUUAUAAUUAUUAUAAUUAUAUUUAUGUAAUUAUAAUUAUACAUCUUAUGACACAUUAUUAGAAUCAUAAUUAUAAUAACGUUCCACGCAUUUCUUUUCUUUAUUACUCUAUUUUAAGCACGGAAUCUAUUACCAAAAUGUUGCGAACAUCUUUUAAUAUGAAUUCAUUGUUGAUAUUGGCGGUAUUGACUUUGUGUUUUUAAACAAAAAAGAAAAAAGAGGAGAAACUGUGUUGCGGAGGAGAUUAUUUACGUGCUAGUGACAAUUUUAUUAAUACGUAUUUUAAUUAUUUUAGUAAUUUUAUCAAUUCAACAUUAACUUCUACGAGUAUGUUUAUUCCUGUGGAAGAAAACCGUUCGGAUUAUCGUGUGACACAUGAAGAUAUUUUUGUAACAAAUACCUACGAGAGACUCAAUUGUGUGCCAGUUUGCCGUUAAUAUUAUAAGUGAAGCUCUAUAAGUGAUUGAUAUAGGUGUCGGUCGUAUUAUAGCGGACUUUAUAAAUUUUAAGCGUGUGUUUUUAUAUUACAAAGAAUUGCGCGAGAGUGCGAGCCUGGCAUUAAAAUCGCUGGUUACAAAGCUAUGCCACGUGAUAUCUUAGUCUUGUUCUUAAGAACUUUUUUUUUUUUAGAAAUAAGAAAAAAGUCGGUUUAAAUUCUGCUUUUGUUUAAAAGUCGGUAUGAAAGUUUAGCCUCGACUAGUUAAGACAGUAGCGCGUGUCUUCUUAAACAUAUAUCUUGGAUAUAUUCUAGAUGUAUAUCCUACAUACAAAGUAUAAGUAGAUUUGUUAUUGCGAAAAAUCAUAAUUUUGUCAUUAAGCUUUAUUUACAUAUAUAUUUAAAAUAAAAGCAGUUUUUGCUA